AUGCGUACAGGACGACCAUACGACGGUAAGCUGGGCAUCAUCACUGGCGGAUCGCGCGGGAUCGGUGAGGCAACUGCCAACCGAUUGGGUGCCAAGGGAUGCAAUCUUCUGCUCGCCUACACCUCGGAGUCGUCGCGCGGCCCAGUUGAGCGGAUCGCGGGUGACCUCAUCGCCGCGCACGGCAUCGCGGUUGCGACGGUGCAGGCGGACCUCCACGACGAGACCGGCUCCGCCGCCGUCGCCAUCCUUGACGCGGCGCGAAGCCUGAGUGCGCUCCGCUUCCCGGAUCGGCCGUUCCAGGUCGAUAUCCUCAUCAACAACGCGGGGGUCCUCACCUCGCAGUCACUCAACGACCCGGCGCUGGGGCCCAUCGCGGGCGCCACGUUUGCGCGCGUCUUCGGCGUCAACGUGCUGGCGCCGCUGCUGCUGAUGCAGGCCGUGGCGCCGUAUCUGCCGCGCGACCGCUCCGGGCGCGUCGUCAACGUGUCGAGCGUGGCGGCCGCGGCCGGCUUCGCGACCACCUCUGUCUACGCGGGCAGUAAGGCAGCGCUGGAGGCCAUGACGCGCGCCUGGAGUCGCGAGCUCGCGGAGCGCGCCACCGUCAACGCUGUCAGCGCCGGUCCCGUGUGGGGACAGAUGUAUCUGCAGGCCGGCCCGCGCGCCUGGGAGGGCAUGCAGCCGUACGCCGACGCGACACCGCUGGCGGUGUACCAUGGGGAGGAGCACAUUCGGAACAUGGCAGGGCCGGACGCAGACGUCUUUGAUAACACGGUCCGUGGGCACAUGGGUGGCCGCCGACCGGCGUUUGCGAGCGAGGUCGCUGGUGUGAUUGACAUGCUGUGCUCAGAGGAGGCGGGCUGGUCGACGGGCGGCGUGGUGUGCGCCAGUGGCGGCAUGAGAAUGUCACUUGCCCAGUUGUAG